AUGGACAACCAACAGGGAGCAUCCAAGGGCGUCGCGGCUAUGGCGGCUAAUGAUGUGCCGCCGGCGCGCCUGCUUCGCAUCAAUCGAGAGAUCGCCGAGUUCAACGCCGACCCGCCACCGGGCAUCUUCAUCGCACCGGAAGAGCACGACAUCACCAAAAUCAACGCCAUCGUUAUGGGCCCUAAGGGUACGCCGCUCGAAGGCGGGUUCUUCCACUUCUCCGUGCAAUACAUCGACCGAUACCCGCUCGAACCGCCAAAGGUGCGCUUCAUGACAACAGACGCUGGGCGGGUCCAGUUCAACGAGCACAUCGACAAAAGCGGCAACAUUUGCCUCAGCACGCUCAACACAUUCGGGUCAACGUGGAGCCCAGCCCAGUCGUUGAGCAGUCUCCUCCUUUCCAUCCAAUCGCUGCUCUGCGAUGUGCACAAGUUCGAAGACGAGGCAGCCAGUGAGUGUCUCGAAUCCAUCUUGCAGCACGAGACCAUCAGGGUUGCUGUGUGCGACACGGUGGAGGCUUGCCUCCAAGAUAAUUCGCCUUUCGCGCAGACUCUGAAAGACAGCGUGCUCAAGAAAUUCACAGACUUGUAUGAAAUGUACGAAGGCGUUGUUAUUUCGAGGCUGCACCUUACGGGAACCCAAAUGAAUGACCCCGCCGGGUUCAAUUUAGGCACGUAUCAGUUCGAAAAGCUGCUGGCGAGGCUUCAAGAAUUGAAACAAAAAGUUGUCGAGAAGAACGAAGCUGCUGCGACGAAGGUUGAUACGUAA